AGAUCAGAAGUCAUGGAGUCGAGACGGAGUCUAAAGCUGCUGUUGGUCUCUCUGAUGAUGAUGAUGAUGAAGAUGAAGACCUCUGCUGCAUCACAACAGAACUUCUGCUCCAACUCCACGGUGCUGCGGACUCGCACCGCAUGUCACUCGUGCAGCAUCAGCGUGAUGAUGUCGUGUCCGUCUGGAUACAGACAGACGCCGGGAUCCACCCAGCAGGACUGCAAGUACUACAUCAAGACUCCGAGCCUGAGGCUGCCGAUCAGCGGCUGCUCCUUUGAGUGCUACAAGGAGGCUGAGAUGAAGAGCUGCUGUCCAGGGUUCUGGGGCCCCGACUGUACCGAGUGUCCGGAUCGGGCCGACAGACCGUGCAGUAACAGAGGACUCUGUUAUGACGGCAUGGGAGGAAACGGGACCUGCAGCUGUGAGGUGGGUUUUGCAGGAACUGCGUGUGAGGAUUGUUCUCCUGGUCGAUACGGUUCCUCCUGCUCCUCAGAGUGUUCCUGUGUCCACGGUCUGUGUAACUCGGGUCUGAACGGGGACGGAAGCUGUAUCUGUUUCUCCGGAUACACCGGGGCCAACUGUGACCAAGAGUUACCUGAGUGUGCGGCUCUCAGUUGUCCCGUGAACUCUCGCUGUAUGGAGGAAGCUUUGACGGGACAGCUGGUGUGUCAGUGUCGCCCUGGAUACCAGAAAUCAGGAGAUCAGUGUCUGUCCAUUAAUCCGUGUCUCCAGCGGGUCUGCCACGUCCAGGCGUCCUGCGUCCACACCGGUCCCAACCAGCACCUGUGUGCCUGUAACCGUGGUUACAGCGGCGACGGCCGGGUCUGCAUGGCCAUCGACCCGUGUCAGAGCGGACAGGGAGGCUGCGCUGCCGAGUCUGCGCGCUGCGUCUACGACGGCCCGGGCACGUCUCACUGCGAGUGUCUCCCUGGUUUCGAGCGUCUGUUGGACGGCGCCUGCAGCCUGAAGGACGCUUGCCGACCCGACUCGUGCCACAAGAACGCUAACUGUACCACGGCCGGGCCGGACCGAGUCCAGUGCACCUGUCUCCAGGGUUACCUUGGUAACGGUAAAGUGUGUUACGGGAACAUCGUCCAGCGUCUCAACGAGCUGAACACGGAGCCGGGAGGACAGUGGAGCGGCCAGCUGAGCAGCGCCAUCACUCUGCUCGGUCCUCUGGUCUGGCAGCUCCAGAAUUUGGGACCUUUCACUCUGUUCGUCCCGAUCAACAAAGGCUUCAGAGGAACUUCACUGAAGACGCUGACUGCUGAUUCGUCUAAAGCUAAGUACCUGUGUAAGAUGCACCUGGUUGCCGGGGUGAUGCCGUUUGACACUCUGAAGAAAACGGACGUCUUCUACACGCUGACGGGAAAAUCAGCCGAGACGGACACAUCAGAGGGGGACUCCCAGACUAAGAUCCGUCUCCAUGGCAGCAGGAAGAAGGGCGUGAUCCUGCAGUCGGACGUGUUGGCGUCUAACGGGAUGAUCCACGUCAUCAACAAGCUGAUGGACAGCGUGGCGCCCACCGUGGAGAGCGACUCGGAGGAGAAUCUGAUGAAGAUCAUUUCUGAUUACGGGAAAUUUGACAAGUUGAAGUCGUUGUUGGAGAAAGCUCAUCUGGUCUCGGUCCUGGACCGUCCCGGGCCGAUCACCGUCUUCGCUCCGAGCAGCUCAGCCUUCGACGCCAUGCCCGAAGGUCACCUGACGCACCUGAGCAGCGCUGAGGGUCUCCACAAACUGGUGGAGCUGCUGAGGAACCACAUCGUCCCGUCCACCGCCCUGGAGGUGUUUAACGCCGUGUCCGGUCCCCGGGUUGUGACGAUGGCCAAUCAGGUUCUGACCAUCAACGUGACGGAGAACGGUCAGAUUUUGGUGAACGGCGCGGCGGUCCUGGAGGCCGCGGUGGAAGCUAAGAACGGGCGUCUGUACGUGGUGGACGGCGUCCUGACUCCGCCCUCCAUCCAGCCCGUGCUGCCCCACCGCUGUGAUGUCACCGAGAACAAGAUCAUCAAGGGUGAAUGUGUCGGCUGCUCCAAAGUCAAACUGUCUCAGUGCUCAACGGGAGUUUAUACGGGCUCGUCUACGUUCGGAUGUCUUUACGUUAUGUCCGUCGGUAGAUCAGCUCUUCAGAUCCCGUUGACGGGCUGCUCGCCGCUCUGCAACGCCACCGUCACGACUCCAGCGUGCUGUCAAGGUUUCUACGGUCCAGACUGUAGUCCCUGUCCCGGCGGGUACCAGACUCCGUGCUCCGGACACGGUCAGUGUCUGGACGGGAUCGGGGGAAACGGAUCAUGUCUCUGUGAUCAGAACUUCAGCGGCUCCCGCUGCCAGUACUGCUCGUCCUCCAGCCGACAUGGACCCCGCUGCGACUCACACUGUAACUGCAUCCACGGACAGUGUGACAACCGUCCGGACUCGGACGGCCGCUGUAAGCCGGACUCUUGUCUGCCGGGUUUCACCGGACGCUUCUGCGACCGCAUGACGGCGCCGUGCGGCACUCAGCCUCAGUUCUGUCACGCUCACGCAGACUGCGACUUCAGCCAGGUGGGGACGGCCAGGUGUGUAUGUAAACCUGGUUACCAAGGCAACGGUAUCACCUGUGUGGAGUCCGACCCCUGUGCUCCGCCGCUCCGGGGCAGCUGCAGUCUGAACGCUAAAUGUAUAAGGACAGGACCAGGAAGUCACAGCUGCCAGUGUCUGAGUGGAUGGAGAGAGGACGGAGAUGAGUGUCAGCCAAUCAACAACUGCGAUGGUCCGGACAGAGGAGGUUGCCACGCCAACGCCACCUGCAUCUACGUCGGACCCGGACAGAGCGACUGCACGUGUAAAUCCGGCUACAAAGGAACCGGCCGAGACUGUGAAGCUGUGAAUCAGUGCGUGACUGAAAACGGAGGCUGCCAUUACCUGGCCAGCUGCCGCCUGCUGUCCUCUCGGUGGACGUGUGUUUGUGACGACGGCUACGUUGGAAACGGACGGACUUGUUACGGGACGGUGGAGCAGGUGCUGAUGACCAUGCCGGACGCCUCUGAGUUCCUCACCUGGACAACCGACUCGGGCCUGUCCUGGACUCUGUUGGACCAGAACGUCACCCUGCUGGCUCCGUCUUCAGCUGCCGUCGCCAUGAUGUCUUCAGAGGACAGAAGCUUCUGGACCGCGGCGGGGAACCUGCCGAGUCUCGUCAGGAACCACAUCAUCCCCGGGAUCUUCCCAUUAUCCAGUCUGAGCAGCACUUCCUCUCUGACGUGCCUCCUCAAGACAACACUUCCUGUUUCAACAACCAAUCAGCUGACAGCUGUCGGAGGAGCGACCAUCACCACGUCUAACGUAGCGGCCACCAACGGACUGAUCCACGUCAUCGAUAAGGUUUUGGUUCCUGACAGGAAGCUGAGUGAAGGUCUGCUGGCGACUCUCUCUCUGAGACCGGAGUUCUCUCUGUUCACAUCGUAUCUCAUCGAUUAUAACCUGACAGCCGAGAUCGAACAGGCCGAAGAGUUCACCGUCUUUGCUCCGACGGACGCUGCCGUCACGGAUUACCUCAACAAAAUGGCCGCCACUGCCCUGGAUGUGAACACGACGCGUUACCACGUGGUGGCGUCGGAGCGUCUGCUGAAGACCGACCUGCAGCCGGGAGGAUACAAACAGACGCUGCUCGGCUCCUCCUUCCAGCUCGCAAUCUUCCCCCGCGACGGAAAGCUGUUUGUGAACGGCGCUCAGAUAAACACGUCCAACCUCCUGAGCGGUAAAGGAGUGAUCCACGGCCUGUCAGCUGUUCUACUGAUCAACAGGAACCGCUGCGAUGAUCUCCGCUACAUCAAAGUCAUGGGACCGUGUCUGGACUGCAUCUUCCCUCAGGGCAGAAUCUGCCUGAAUGAAACCAUCCCAGACAAAUCGGUGAAGAAGAGGAAAUGUAUGUACUCUCGGAUGUUUGAGGAAGAGCGUCUGCUGACCAUCGGCUGCCGAGCCACCUGCCUGAAGAAAAACACCGUGCGGAGAUGCUGCGGAGGGUUUUUCGGGGAACACUGUGAGCCGUGUCCCGGGCCGGAGGGGGCGCCCUGCUUCGGUAAUGGGGCGUGUUCGGACGGGACCAACGGGACCGGAGUCUGUCGCUGUUACAGAGGCUUCAACGGGACGGCGUGUGAAACGUGCGAGAGCGGGAAAUACGGAGUCCACUGUGAUCAGGAAUGCGGCUGUAAGAACGGCCUCUGUAACGGCGGGCUGAACGGAGACGGGACGUGUGAGUGUGACGUCGGCUGGAGAGGAGUCCUCUGUGACGAGAAGAUUGAAUCCACAGCGGAUGAACUGUGUGGCUCCGUGAAAUGUCACACGAGCGCAAAUUGUGUGAUCCGACCGUCCGGCUCUCAGUGUCUCUGUGCUGCUGGUUUCCAGGGAAACGGGUCUUUCUGUCAAGCGACAGACGUGUGUUUGGCGGAUAACGGCGGCUGCAGCCUGUACGCCGUCUGUAAGAGGACUCGGCCCGGCCGCAGAGACUGCAGCUGUAACAGCGGUUACCAUGGAGACGGACUUGUUUGUGUCGAAAUCAACCCGUGUCUGGAAGGAAACGGUGGUUGCCACGCCAACGCAGAAUGUGUUCACGUCGGCCCAAACAAAACUUCCUGUUCCUGCAGCGACGGUUACUCAGGCGACGGACAGAUCUGUAAGGUGAUCGACUUGUGUCGGAAGAAAAACGGCGGCUGCCACCAGGCCGCCUCCUGCAACACGACGGGUCCGGGUGUUCGCAGCUGCAGGUGUAACGCGAACUACAUCGGAGACGGCGUGACCUGCAGAGGCCACGUGGCGAGGGAGAUCGUGGUCAGGAAGCUAACUGAGUUUUACCACACUGUGAUGGCAGUGGAAAUUUCUCUGAAAGGCCGCGGCCCGUUCACCGUCUUCCCUCCCAACGCCGACGCCUUCGCAGCCGACAGAAACGGCGACGGAAAGAUAAAAUUUCUGAAGUCGGUCAACGAUAAAGAAGCGCUCGGUGCCGUUGUGCGCAGCCACAUCGUGAUGUGUCACACGCUGCUGGCCGCCGACCUGAGUCGACCCCGAAACAUGACGUCCCUGUCAGGACUCGUCCUGACCAGCCGGGCCGUCCAGGGCGGCAUCUUCAUCAACGAGGCUAACGUGACGUUCAGCGACAGCGUCAGCAUCAACGGGAUCUUUCACGAGAUUGACAAGAUUCUGUUUCCUCCCAACGUGGGACAGGAAACUCAGCCGGCCGCUCGGCUGAACCUGACUGAUGUGGCUCAACGUCACGGUUAUAAAACCUUCUACAACCUGCUCGAGGACUCCGGCGUGAUGGACCUGCUGAAAGAUGAUAUAUACCAGCCGCUGACGGUCUUCCUGCCGUCGGACGGCGCCAUGGCGUCUCUGCCGUCGGAGCAGAGGGACUUCCUGUUUCACCGAGACAACCGAGCACAGCUGGCCGAGUACCUGAAGUACCACAUCCUGCAUGGACAGAAGAUUUAUGCUGAAGGUUUAAUCCAUCUGGACUCGGCUCGGAGUCUUCAGGGUUCGCCGCUUUCCUUCACCUGCGGAGGGACGGACGCCAUCGGAGAGAUCUUCGUUAAGGAUGGAAAGUGUCGGAUCGUUCAGAGACACCUCGUGUUUACCGGCGGCAUCGCCUACGGGAUCGACUGCCUGCUGACCCCACCGAGUCUCGGGGGACGCUGCGACGAACACAAGACCAUCGACAUGACGAUGAGCUGUGGGUACUGCUCCUCUUCAGGUUCUCGCUGCCCCAAAGAAUCCAAACUAAAGGAGACCCAGAAGUGCGAUCUUCCCAAAUUCUUCAUCACUAAGAACUCCGGCUGUCGCAGCAUCUGCUCCGUGCCCAUCUGGCAACCAAAGUGUUGUCAUGGUUACUACGGACGGGACUGUCUGGUGUGUCCCGGCGGUGUCGGCUCUCCCUGCGGUAACCACGGUAACUGUGACGACGGUCACCUGGGUAACGGCACCUGCACCUGUGACGCAGGGUUCGGGGGCGUGGCCUGCGAGCUGUGCAGCGACGGAUUCUACGGAGCUAGCUGUAAACCCUGUAACUGUUCUGAACACGCCUCGUGUGACGCCGGGCGUAAAGGUUCGGGCUCGUGUUUCUGUGAGGCGGGCUGGACCGGAGAGCGCUGCCAGACGCCGCAGGGUGAAUUCCCUGAGUGUUCUCCACCCUGCUCUCCGAAGGCCGUCUGUCAGCAGAACAACACCUGCGUGUGUCGGCCAUUUUAUGAAGGAGACGGAUACACCUGUACAGCAAUGGACGUGUGCGGGACGUGGAACGGCGGCUGUGCUAAAGGAGCGAAGUGUUCUCAGAGAGGAGAGACGGUGACCUGUUCGUGUCCUAAAGGCCACACUGGAGAUGGCUUCUCCUGCCAGCCCAUAGACCCCUGCGUCGCCGGGGACAACGGCGGCUGCCACGAGCACGCCACCUGCACCAUGACGGCUCCGGGGAAGAAGAAGUGCACCUGUAAGGACAACUACGUUGGAGACGGACUCACCUGCGAUGCCAAACAGCUGCCAAUCAGCCGCUGUCUCCAGGACAACGGACGAUGUCAUCAAGACGCCAAAUGUACCGACCUCCACUUCGAAGAUGCAAAGCUCGGUGUGUUCCACGUGCGUUCAGGUGACGGUCAGUACAAACUGAACUUCUCUGCGGCUCAGCAGGCGUGCUCUGCAGAGGGAGGCCGCCUCGCUACGUACAACCAGCUGUCCUACGCUCAGCAGGGCGGGAUGAACAUGUGUUCUGCCGGCUGGUUGGACGGAGCCCGCGUGGCGUACCCGACCACCUACUCCAACCCAAACUGCGGCUUUGGACACGUCGGCAUCGUAGACUACGGCGUCCGCAAAGAGGGCGAGAGCUUUGACGCCUUCUGCUUCAGGAUGAAGGAGGUGACGUGCGAGUGUCGGCCCGGUUUCGUUGGAGACGGAUUCAGCUGCACGGGAAACCUGCUCCAGGUCCUCCAAUCCACACCCAGAUUCUCCAACUUCCUCACACAAAUCCUGAACUGUUCUGCGGAGUCGGAGUCCGGCCGGCAGUUUGUGCAGCGUCUCGGUAACCUGACGGUCCAGAAGACGCUGUUUGUUCCCGAAAACAGCGGCCUGCCCGGCAACCAGACCCUGUCCCAGCGGGACGUGGACUUCCACCUGUCUGAGGGUCGGGCGCUGUCUCUCAGCGAGCUGAGGAACGGGAGUCGGAUCAGGACUCGAGUCGGCAGUCUGAGCGUGCUCGGAGUCUCGGACCUGCUGGACCCGUCGGCUCUGGCGUCUCGUUACAUCAACGACCGCUUCGUCACCGACUCGGACAUCCUGGCUUCCAACGGCGUCAUCCACGUCCUGCAGGGGCCGCUGCAAGCCCCGCCCCCUCGCCAGGAGAGUCGUGCGGCCCAUAAAGCGGGGAUGGGUGUCGGAGUGGUGCUGCUGAUCGUUGUGGUUUCGGCCGUCGUCUUCGUUGGAUUUCACUUCUACAGACGCAGCAGCAACCCUUUCCACUUCCAGUACUUCAAGGAAGAGGAAGCUGAAGAAGAAGAAGCUCCAGCUGCAGUUGGCGGUCGCAGCAUCUGUAACCCGGUUUAUGAAGCCGCUCCAGAAACCGCUGAGUCACCCAACACUGCUGAUGAUGUGACGGCCGAGGACAAACACGAGGUGGUGAACGGAGGAUCGUACGACCUUCUGCACGACGGCUGAGCCCUCCGGACGCACACACACACACACACACACACACACACACACACACACACACACAC